UUACUCGAUCUUCAACCUCGAACGACGACAACGACCACCUCACCGUCGACAACAAUGGCGUCUCGUCCUACCGUCACUAUCGCCACGGCUGAUGGCAAGGCCAGCGGGGCCACCUACCCCCUGCCUGCUGUUUUCACCUCGCCCAUCCGUCCUGAUAUCGUCCAGCAGGUUCACACCGGUAUGGCGAAGAACAAGAGACAGCCUUAUGCCGUGAGCGAGAAGGCUGGUGAACAGACCUCCGCUGAGUCCUGGGGUACCGGUCGCGCUGUCGCUCGUAUCCCCCGUGUCUCCGGUGGUGGUACUCACCGUGCUGGUCAGGCUGCUUUCGGUAACCAGUGCCGUUCCGGUCGUAUGUUCGCUCCUACCAAGGUCUGGCGCAAGUGGCACCAGAAGGUGAACGUUGGUCAGAGACGUUUCGCUACCGCCUCCGCUCUGGCUGCUUCUUCCGUCCCUGCCCUCCUCUUCGCUCGUGGUCACCGCGUUGCCAACAUCCCCGAGGUCCCUCUGGUUGUUGACUCCAAGACCUUCGAGGGUGCUGCCAUUGCCAAGACCAAGGCCGCUGUCUCUCUCCUCCAGGCUCUUGGUGCCGGCGCCGAGCUCGUCAAGGUCCAGAAGUCCAAGAAGGUCCGCGCUGGUAAGGGUAAGCUGAGGAACCGUCGCCACCGCCAGCGCCGCGGUCCCCUCGUCGUCUACAACCCCGAGGUUGACGGCAAGGAGCUCGUCCGUGCUUUCCGCAACAUCCCCGGUGUUGAGACCUCUUCCGUCUUCAACCUGAACCUCCUCCAGCUUGCCCCUGGUGGUCACCUUGGUCGCUUCAUCGUCUGGACCUCCUCCGCCUUCCAGUCCCUGGACCAGGUCUACGGCACCACCUCCACCCCUGCCGCCCUCAAGAAGGACUACCUCCUGCCCCAGAACGUUGUCUCCAACGCUGAUCUGUCUCGCCUGAUCAACUCCUCUGAAAUCCAGUCCGUUCUGCGUGCUCCUAAGGGUGAGGCCCGCACCAAGCGUGCCCACGUCCAGAAGAAGAACCCUCUCCGCAACAAGCAGGUCAUGCUCCGUCUCAACCCCUACGCCGCUGCUUUCUCGAAGGAGAAGCUCGGCCAGAAGUCCGUUGAGUCCGCUGGCAAGCCCGAGAGCGCCUCCAAGGGUUUCCUUAACGUUCUCCGCGAGGAGUAAAUUAGGGAUUCUUGACGUGAAUCGGAUUUGUGUUUGAUAUGAGUUUUUUCACUUCGGUUAAAAGGUAGCCAAAAACAAGCAAAUGAAUUAAGGAUUUGCAAUACCCCGGAACGAUAAUAAUAACGAC